GAGUUUGCCUACGCAAAGGGUCGUGUAUAUUUGGCGCUCUUCCUUUCUCAAGUACUCUGGCGGGUUUUUGAAAAAGUCCUUCGGAGUGUUUUUUUCUCUUUUAAAACAUCGACGUUUUGGAAAAGACAAAUGUAGCGCUUUACACCCUCGUUCGUACAUCCGAAGGCGAGACAAGCAGGAUGUGGCGUUCCCUUUUGGGAACUGUGGAAUGGAAAGUUUUCACGAGCGACUUGAAUGGAGUCUGUUUUGCUAGCUUGCUGUUUUGCGUGGUGCAUUCCGUUUGUGCUGGCAACAAAUGAAUGUAUGUCUUUGACUGUUGACGUUUAUUCUGCGUUCGACACGGGAACGUCAAGAGAACACCAGGUUGGGGUAUAUUUUCGGUCCCUGUAAAUUAUGGCCAGUGUUGUGGCGAUGGCAUCUGUCUUAGAAGACUUUGACACACAGCCUUGCAAGAAAUCUAGCAAAGAUGGUGGCAGUACUGUUGUCAAGACAAUCACCAGCUACUUCUCUCCUGUGGCCAAAGCUGUGGAGAAACCUCGGUCCAAUAACAUCAGAGACUACUUCAGCCGGGGCCCUCUGACCAGCAAAGUAAAGACCAAUACAUCAGAACACCCUAAAGGGAUUUGUCACAGGUCUGCAGAAAAACACACGAACCAAGAAGUAGCCGUUAAGCGGCCAUCUCUCAAACAGAGGAGAGCGGUGACUAACGCUAGAAGGAAACCUGUGAAUCUUGAAACUGAUAUUUCAUCUGACGAGGCAAGUUGCUUUAUUGCGGAGAAAUCACAUGGAAAUACAAACUCGGCAACGGAUUCCCAAAGUGUGUCUGCUGUCACUGGCAGUGAUACCGCUGCGCUGCUGGCCCAGAUCAAUGCUGAUACUUUAACCUCUAAUCAGUCAAUCGAGAGCAACACUAGUGAGCCUAUUAAGCAGGCUCAAAAAGAAAAACAUCAUGAAGGCCCCUCUGGUUGUGAGAAAGAUGGCAAACCUGGAAUGAAUAUGUCAACAAAUAAUACCUUACUUCCAAAACCUGCACACCAUACAAGGAAAAAGAAACAAAUUGAGGGAAAUCGCUCUGAAUCUGAGCAAAAAUGUGUAGAAAAUUCUUGUGCUGUUAGCAUGGAGCUCAACGGGACUGAGGGCUCUGAGUUGAAGAGCAACACGGUCAUGAUCUCCUUUGAGGAUUUUGUGCGCAGUCAGAGCGAGGUCAAGGGUGACGAUAACCAGACUGGUGUACAGUGUGAAGGAAAUAAGCUAGCACAAGAGGCUGAUGAAAUUGAAACUCGCCAGUUACGCCCCUCCCAAGCCAAAGAAAAUAUAGCAUCCACAGAACUCUGUGUCCAAGUCUCACCUCGAACCAUCAGCAUUCAAGCUCAAAUGCACACCAUCUCACCAACGCGGGAAGGAGUAAAUCCCAAGGGAAGGGGAGAAUUGUUAAUUAGCAGGAGAAAGAAUCAAGGAAGCAUUGGAAACGAAGCGCUGCGCUCUCAUACAGAACUUGCAACGGCAAAGCGGAAAUCCAAUGUUGUUCUUGAUGAAGAUGAGCUCGACCUGGCUGUACUGGAGAGUGAAUCCUUUCCCAAGAGUACUACUGAAGUAGAGAGGCGACAUUUCAUGGCGGCUUUCAAACAACCCUCCCUGGAUGGGUCCAAACAAAAGACUGCGAAGAUCCAGGGGAAGCAAAAACAACAUGCGGAGAAAGAUCCGGAGGAAAUUAACAUCCAGGAAAACGCAAUGGUUGCAAAAACAAAACCACAAAGAAAAUGUAGGAAGGCGGCCGAAAAAGUCACAACCUCAUCAAAGCCCCCUGAGGAAACCUUGCCUACUAAAUCUGAUGACAUCCAAGAGGAAUCGGACGUUUCCUUAAAUCACUCGAUGCCUGUUGUGAGGAGGUCUCGGAGAGAGGUUUUUGUUCGGCAAGCCAUCAAAGCUUCAGAAGCAUCUUCCACGACGGAUAGGUGGAACCCAAAUAACUUGAAGGAUCCUCCAGAAAACUCUAAGUUGUCAUCCCCUAAAAGACGGAAGUCCAAACAUGGAGUUUAUGAAGCAGAGAUGAUCUGUCCACCUGACGGGAAAAAGGGACCAAUUAGGAUCACAUUUAGAAGAGUUCAACAAACUGUAUCUGGAAGUGGCAAAAAUGCUUUGGCCUCUAUUGCUUUGAAUAAUUCAAAAAAGCAGAAGAAGGCGAAAAAACUGGUGGAGAAAGCAAAAGCGAUACAACAGAUUAAGAAAGGGGCUGUUGAGAAAAAGAACCCAUUGAGGCGUUCAUCAAGGACCGAGGCCUCCAGCUCAAAGAGUUAUUUUGAAGAUGAGAAUUCUAUCAUCUGCCUGGAGGAGGACCAGAUUGCUUCUCCUCAAAUGGGACCGCAAAAGAGUAAGACUAAAUAUUUACGCUGUCUAAAUGAUGUACUGGGCAAAGCCACCAAAGCUCCCACAGUCUCCAAGGGUACGUUGACAGCCCAAGAGAAGAAUGUGUGCAGGGCAUCUGCUGUGAUUUCCAUCUUUGACGACAGCAGCCAAGAGGGCUCUGAAAACUCCCAAGAUGACGAGCAGUUCAGGGCUCGCCGAGAGUUUCUCAAGAGUGGACUGCCAGAGUCUUUUAAGAAGCAGAUGGCCAAGGCUGCUGCCACCAAGGAGACAUACACACGUUCCUGUGCCUCUUUCCAACCUGUCAUACACGUGACGCAAAUACCAAACGAUUGUCCUCUAUGGAAUCUAUCCUGGCCCAAAUCUCCCCAACUGCACUGUCUUAAAGAGAAUUGCAUUCCAGUCUCUAAACCCCUUUUACCUCUAAAUGGCUCUUUUGGCAUGAAGACCCAACCGGAACGUGGAGUGUUUCGUGCACGAGGUUCUGGUUGGAGCCUUGAGAUGUCUGAAAAAGUUCGGCAACUUCUUAUGGACGAAGUGAGCACUUCAAACCCUCUAUUCGCUAGUAAGACGUUGAUGGCUCGCUUGUUGGCCAGACGUGCUGAUUACCAGCAACAAUCAGAGGCUGGAAGCAUUCAGUCAGCACCUGAGCUAGUACGGGGAAAGAGGAAGAGGAACCCUGACGACUUGUCAAAAGUAGCUAAAAAACAGCGGGCUACUCAUCCAGAAGGAAACAUUCGCCCCCUGGAGCCGUCAAAAAGGGCAGGCCGGACAAGACAAGCCCAGAGAGCCAGAGCAGAUAUGGCAAAGGACAGCCCUUCGCCUGUAAAAGAUGAUGUAAUUGUGCUUGAUAACUUGUGUGAGGGCACUGAGAAGAAAGUUGAGGCAAAGGACGAAGUGUUGUGGACAGAAAAAUAUCAGCCGCAGCAAUCCAGUGACAUCAUUGGCAACACUGCCUCAGUUCGGCGUCUCCACUGUUGGCUGAAGGAAUGGAAGCUCCGGGCAGACAGGGAAGAAAGAAUUAAGCAGAAAGAAAAGGAACGGGAAGAGGGCUGCAAUGACUCUGACUGGGACUGUGGAGAGGAGGAUCCCCUGCUUGCAGAGGACUCCUUGUACAAUACAGUCCUCAUCACGGGACCCACAGGAAUAGGAAAGACUGCCGCAGUCUAUGCUUGUGCUCAGGAGUUGGGCUUCAAGGUGUUUGAGGUGAACGCUUCAUCGCAACGGAGUGGCCGUCUGAUUCUGUCCCAGCUCAAGGAGGCCACUCAGUCUCACCAGGUGGACAGUCAAGGAGUCAAUGCCAACAAGCCCGCAUACUUCAACAGCUACAGCAAAGGCAGCAGCACUGGCAAGCAAAGCACCUCUCCAAGAAAGACGAACUCUCCUCGCAGGGUUGUCUCCUCUCCUAGGAAAGGUCCCAACUCCCCAAGAGGUGCUAAACGAGGAGGGCUGACUCCAACCUCUUUAGCGAACUUCUUCAAAACGGGCCAACCCAGCAACAAGGAAUCAGCAAGCACUAAGCGGGAUGACCAAAAGUCCUCUCCCAAGAAAAUGAAAGCACAGGAGGACACCAGGAAGCAAAAAGACACCACAAUCAAAUCAACGGAGGAGAUUGAGGAGUCUAGCAAAAAGACGGCCAUCUCGCUCAUACUGUUUGAAGAAGUGGAUGUUAUUUUUGAAGAAGACUCUGGCUUUCUUGCUGCCAUCAAAAUGUUCAUGAGCACCACGAAAAGACCGGUCAUCGUCACUACCAGUGAUCCGGCAUUCAGCACUGUGUUUGAUGGCAACUUCGAAGAGGUCCAUUUCAAAACACCCUCUUUGCUGGAUGUGAGCAGCUACCUGCGGCUGUUGUGUCUGGCUGAGGGCAAGAGGACGGACCAGCAUGAUGUCAACACACUACUCGAACUCAAUGGCUGUGACAUCAGGCAGAGCUUGUUGCAGCUGCAAUGCUGGACUCGCAGUGCAGGGGGUCGCCCCAUGAUGUCUCCCACAGCAGACACAAACCCGAAUGGAAAUCAACUCAAGGCAGCCACUUGUGGAGAAGCAGCAGACAUGUGCCCACUAAGUGAAGCCUCAGUUCGACCUCCAUGUGAAACUGGCUGCACUGAGAGUCUGCUCGGCCUACUAAAUAUUGAACCUGGGAGAGACGUUUGGGAGCCGCUUCGGAAUCAGACGCGUGAGAUAGCUUGCUGGGACCUGCUAAUGGAGAGCACCCGACGUGGAGUUAAUUUGCUCUACUCCAACAUGGAGAGCCUCUUCCCUUUACCACGCACCCAGUUGAUCUCCACCUACAAACCGGACGCCCCCCAUGUUAUCGCAUCUGCCUGUACGCAGUCUGAUUUACUCCCUCCCCACGCAAGGCUGCUGGACUCACCGGAAUCAGACGACGGGAGUCCAGUUAAAGUGUCGAACAGAAUGAGGAGACACAGCAUACCGGACCAGGAUGGACUGCACUCAGAUUGUGAUUCGGAGGAGAGUUUCCUCUCUCUCUGCAAACAGCACGGGGGAUCACAGGAAAAAGAGGUGCCCACUGAAAAAUUAGUUCCACAAAUGGAUAAAAGGAAACCACUGACUCCUGCAGAGCGUCUAAAGAGUGUCCCUGUCUCCAAGUGUCUGGAAUCAAUAAGUGACUUUUUCAACAAUAUGUGUGACAUAGACUCCUUACUUGUUCAUCACGGGGCUGAUGCUCGCAGGGGAAACCCGCAACUCAGUACAGUUGUGAAGGACGGGAUGACUGAUGAGCCCAGAGUCGAGGUGGACACAUUGAGCUGGGUGAUGGGCGAGCGUGUGGUGGAGGUCCGGACCUCGGCAGAGGCGCUGAGCUUCCACAAGUGUCGGCUCUCUGUAGCAGAGGCCUGGGAUCGAGCCCAGCAGCUGGAGGGGCAGCUAGCAGAGCAAGCUGAAGCAGAACUCACGCUCCCCGUGGCAUCUCAUCGCGAAAGUUGCAGCUUCACUCAGAGCAGCCUCAGUCAACCCCAGGUGGUGCAGCAGAGGAGAGAUCUAAUGGAGAGUCUGGUGUUCAGAGGAACAUUUAGCACUCUCGGCAACAGAUCCGCCUUUGCUGUGGAUUACUUGCCAGCCUUGCGCGCCAUAUGCAGGUCAGAGCAGAUUAGGGAGCAAGGCAAGGUGAAACGAAGGUUUCUACACUAUCUGGACUCUAUCCAUUUGGGUCUCCACAAGAAUACUCUCCAAUACCUUUCCUCGGAUUUCCCAUAAUCCUCAGAGAAGAUUGUUCCCGUCUCUGUGAUCUGACGGACUUUUCCCACAAAACGAUUAAGGGUUCCAGGUGAAUAAAGUGAAAUAAGGCAGGGAUAGUGCAGUGUUGUGUUGUCUGCAGGGGUUGGGAAUCCCAACUGCAUUGGUUAGUAUAGGCAGUCACUCACUUUUCGUCGUAACUCACUCACUCAACUACGUCCAGUGAUGUCUCAACGCGUGUGUCCUUUAAUUGAAAUGACCACACACUGAUGAAAAGAACGAUGUUUUGGCAUCACUUGAUCUCACAUACAGUGUUGCAGUCGGCACAUCUUCGGGUGUUUUGACAGAUAGCAUGAUCACAUUCUUCCAUGUGCUUUUGUACAUUUGUGUUUUAUAAUCAGUAGUAAUUCCCGUAUGUAUCCCUUUGAUUUUUGAACGUGUUUCUAAUUGCAUAGCAAUUGCUUUUUAACCGUAAGAGUUGAAUAUAAAAUAUAAUCUGUAAAGGUUUUCUAUAAAUUGUAACUGGCCACCCAAUUAAUUGAGGGUUUGAAUUAUUUGCUGGCUUUUAAGAUCUAAAUGUCACAUUCACAUAAUCACAUUUUUACAAAUAUUUUUUACACUUUCACAUUGGGGUUUUGU